AUGGCGGCCUCCAUGUGCAGACGUCUCACGCUGCUGCCUCGACGAAUUUCACUGUUUUCACCCCAUAAUUUCGUCCAGUUUGCUAAAUGUGAGUACUCAACCGUAGAGCCAGCCACCGAGGAACUUGUGGAGGUUCCUCAGGCGAAAUAUCCACCGAUAAUUCCUCCAUUUCACGGCAAAACUAAAGAGUCGGAAGAGUACCGAACUCAAGCCGCGAUCGCGGAAUUGAACGCAAGACCAACGGCAAAGGACAUGAUCUACGAACUUAGCAAGCAACAGAAAUGGCACUAUAUUAUCAACCCAACAUGCUUCCACAAUAGCUUUCUUAACUUGUACAAGCACUGUAUGAAGACGGUCAUGGUGGACAGCUUACCGGAGCAGUUGGAAGAGCUCGCCAAAACCGAGGAGGUGGAGGAGGUUGCGACGAGACUGAAACCUCACGUCAUUGAUUGCAUUCUACAGGAACACCUCUACACCUACAGACACAGGGGGGAUCUGGUGAAGAGAGAUUACCACGUUGGAAAACAGACCAUGGAAAAUGUUAUGCGUGUAAUGUUGACGGGACUCUCUGCUGAUAUGCCGCAUUUACGGGACGGAGAAACGGAUGAGGAUGUCAACGUGAAGGCAUUCUGGAAAAGAGACACGACUAGGUUUCAAUUCAUUGGAACGCAGCUGUUUGCAAUCAGAUCAAAAGACCCUUUACCAGAGUUUAUUAGCAGAGAUAGUGAGCUGUCUGUUGGAGAGGUGCCAUCAUGGCCAUACGCUCCUGAGAAUGUCAGUGUAUUCAAGCGGCAUAUCAAUCCAGAUUGCUUUCCAGGGUACAAAGUGGGAAAUCCCUACAACUUUGGUCACACUCAGAUCUACGUUCCGUCCUUCGAUCGACUACGAUGCAAAAAGCAGAAUCUCUUGGAAGACGUGUUGAUGGGUUGUGGAUUGAGUGCGUCGUUCGGUUGGCUCCAUUCACUUGCUAUGUAUAACAUGUUUAAUCCGUACAAAGAUCUAACGCAGCCGAUGACCUGUCAGACGAUCGUGACCAACGGAAGCAAGUUCUCCUUCUUCUGUUACCAGCUGAAUACCCUUGGCCUGUCAGAAAGGUCCCAUGACAACCCCCUGCGGAAUGUCUGCUGGCACACAGAAGAUCUCUCUCUGUAUGGUGACAUCAAAGACGGAAAGGUCAGAGACUUCAACAAUGAGGUCUUGAAAAUGAUGGUAGCUUUUCUCAUGAAACGUACAGUAUCACCGUGAGAGAGAAUUGUGUUGUUUAUGUUUGUAUUAUUUUUUAGUUUGAGAGGUGGGUAAAGUCCACAACUCGGUGGCAAGGAACUAGUGAUGAGCAGUGUGAUUAACACAGUAUUAGUGCUGGUAACCGUCUGCGCUUUUCUGUGACUAACAGGUUUUUUAUUUUGCGGUCAUGUUGGUAAACCGGGGGAGGAAAAACAAAGUAUUGAGUCUGGUAAUGUGUUUCUCUUAAAGGGUUUGUGUACUUUUUAGAAGGACACGAGCAUUCAAUGUUCACAGAUUUACAUUUAACUGACAUGAAU